AUGCUGCUCAACAUCUGCUUAGAUUUUGUCAUGAGGAAAACAACACAGCAAACAACGGUAGGCGUACGCUGGUUCAAUGAUGAAAGGCUCAUUGAUCUGGACUUUACGGACGUCAUCGCACUCAUUGCUGAUGACAAAUCCGGAUUGCAGAAGUUCACCGAUACUCUCAAUGAAGAAGCGAGCAUGAUUGGAUCACGAAUUACUGCCAGUAAGUCGAAAGCCAUGUCAUAUCGAAACAGACUUUUGUGGAAGGAUUGCAAAAUCUACAGAUGUGUUCAGGAGACUCCAGCCUCCACUAUGGUAACUAUCGUCCUCAUCUCAAAACAUCAAGAUCCACCCGUAUUCUUCCAUUGUGAUCCCUACUGCAAUUUAUGCAAGCAAAACAUAGAAAUAUGUUGCGAGUUCAGUCAAAAAGUUGAAUGUUCUGAGAUGUCUGUGAAGGAUCGUGAAGAUACGGCACACGGAUCACAUCACGAAUGA